UUCACAGGUGAUAUCUAUUAACUUACCUCAUAUGCCGUCAGGUGUCGCGUCUGUGGACCAUCAAAUCGUUUCCUUCCCGUGAGAGCUCUCUGUUUUUUGGUGGCGGUUUUGGCAGAAGCUGCAGUCGGCUUUGCAGAUGCCAUGUUCGAGCAGUGAGUGAGCAUGGCGGAAAAUCAUCUGGAGUACGGCUACCUGGAGGGCGAGUCCAUCGGGGAGCAUUUCUCCGAGGACCCGGAGCUGGCGGCCAUCAAGGCCAGGGUUCAGGAGCUGGAGAUGGAAGAAGAGACGGAAAGGCUGAGGGAGGAGGAGGAGAGGUGUGACGCACCAGAGAUGCAGUUACUGACCAGUAGCCCUCGGCCUGGACCUUUCUACAAUAUGACUCCUGAGGAGAGGAUAGACGCAGACAACAGAUCAGUCUAUGUAGGAAAUGUAGACUAUGGAGCUACUGCAGAUGAGUUGGAGAUCCAUUUCAAUGGCUGCGGGCCUGUCAACCGUGUUACCAUCCUGUGUGACCGGUUCUCUGGCCAUCCCAAGGGCUUUGCUUACAUUGAGUUCUCAGAUCGCGACUCUGUCCAGAGUGCUAUAGGUUUGCACGAGACCCUGUUCAGAGGAAGAGUCCUUAAGGUACUGCCUAAGAGGACCAAUAUGCCAGGUAUCAGCACCACAGACAGGGGAGGACACAGGGGAGGCCACUCCAGAGGAAGAGGCAGAGGUUACCGUCCCCCCAGAUAUCAUAACAGCUCACGAGGCAGGUUCCGGUACCAGUCAACCAGGCCACAACAUCAAACACCCCACCCUUACUAUGGAGGACCCUCAGUGGGGAAGAGACAGUGGGGACACAUGGACUACCAUGAACAGAUGCCUAAACGUUACCCAUGUCUUCUUCUCAUCACACCACCAUCUGAGGAAUUGGGCGCAGGGUCGAGUGGACAGCACUACCCCCAGCAGCGCUAGCACUACCCACAGCAUACAUACAAGUGGGUGGAUAGAAGAGAUAAUUUUAACAAAACAUUUCCAGGCAUUACAGAGUUGAGUUUUGUGUGAAAGGUACAGAAUGGACAGCAGAGAUGACUUUCUAAGUUGCACCCUGCAUAAAUCCUUCAGAAGUGAGACAUGAAGACUGAAGGGUCAGCAGUGUUGCAUAAUAAGCUUAUGUUGCUGUGAAUGCAUGGGACAAUCCUUAAAUUGUUAUGCAGUUGCAUCUCUUAAUGUUUUUACAAAGUGAUGCGAAUGUUUUGUGUCGCUGCCUGCAGUGUAAUGUAUAAAUCCUAUGUAUAACUUAAAUUCUUUGCUAUGUAAGUGAAUAAAUAA